GUGCAUCGUUCGUUCGUCUGUAUCCCUCGCUUGCAUUUUCGGCCCAAGCCUCGUCUUCUUCCCCGUUCUCGUACGCUUGCGGUGCAGUCGAGCUUCCGACAGACAGACGACAGAGCUCAUGGCUCAGGAGCCGCAUCCGAGCCCCACAUUCGCCGAAGGGGAGCCCGGCCAUGGAGGCAACGCGGACGGAGUGCUGGCCGAGCAGCACGAGAGGCCCGGAGUCGGGACCAAGGUGAAGAACUCGCUGAUGAGUGUGAAGGAGAAGAUGAAGGGCAGAAGCGCCGGAGAUCACCCUUCGCAUUUUCCAGGCAGCUCGUACAAGAACGAUCCGCAGAUGAAUACUGGGCACCCGAGGGAUGUGUAUGGGAACUCCGGGAGUGGCGAUGGCGUCCAGCAUUCUCCUCGAUCGCCCCAUUCUCCCCCUCCUCUCCAUUCGGGACCGCCUCUUGCCGUCGGGCAUCAUCCUGAUUUCGAACCGCAAGGAGUCGGAGAACAGGCUGCGGACACGGUGAUGCCGGGCCAUCAUGUGGAUCAUUUGAUGGAACCCAAUGCUCCUCACCACCAGCCCACCGCGGAGAAGUUGAUGGACAAGCUGCCCGGCCACCACGAAAACCCUUACACUCCGGCCAAAUAUCACGAUGAGGGGGCCAUGGGAGUUUCGGCAGACGAUCAUGAGCGCCGGCACCACCCUUCUCCGUUGCGAGAUCCGCAUCGACAGCAUGUGGUCGGAGAGCCGGAAACUGAUGUUCAGCCUUCGAGCGAGAAUCUCCGCAGAGGCAUCGGAGAAGAUCAGGUUCAGAGCCCAAAGAAGUCCGGGUUCAUCGACAAGCUCAAGGAUAUGGUGACCGGUCAGAAACCUGGACAUGGUGCAGGAACGGGGCACGCUACUGACGAUCAAAUCUCAGAGAAGACAGCAGGUGAACGGGGAAACGCUCCAGGACAGCAGCACUCUCAGCUCCACCAAACAGCAGAACCACACGAUCCUACACGCGGUACUGAAUCAUACACUCAAGGACCAACAGCGGUUUCAGAAGGAGAUUGCUUCGGAAAUGUGAAACAGAGAUUUCGCGGUGGUUCUCAGCAAGAUGGCCAGACUCAGCAAACAUGGCCAUCGCCAUCGAAACCUGAUUACCACAACAUGCCCGGGGCAGUUUACACCGAUCAUCAAGGCAGACCGAUCGAGGGUCCCAAGGAAGAAGGCAAAAGCCCGAAGAAAGAGGGAGUGAUGUCGAAGAUUAUGGAAAAACUCCACAUCGGUCAGCAAAAGCCCUCCACGGAUCAGGCUAUUUCUCCUCGCGCACCCAAGGGAACUGCAACACAACAUCUAUGAGAUAAUGGCCCGGGUACAUAAUGCUGGUGAAUCUGGGGCCAAUGUAAAUUCAGUUGUAUAUAGGAACUUCUCCUAGUGCUAUACUGCUUUCGGAAGUAAUUUACAGAAAUUGAGUUGGGAGCUGAGGUGUACUUAUGAUUCUCUUAUAAAUAAGAGUAUUUUCAUGGACGUAAUUGCAAGUUACUUUUGAAUCU